UGUUGGUGUUGCGGAGAGUUGGGCUACUUGGGUAUAGAGCUGAGUUUGGAUUAGCUCUAGAACUAUAGCCCCCCUCCGCUCUGCCGCAGGCUGCAUCCUGCGGCAGAUCGGAGGGCUAUAUAGUUCUAGAGCUAGGUUUGGAUAGGAUAUGGAAGAGCUCAUCAUGGGACUUAAAGCUCUGCAUGUGUGAACCGAGUUGGACGUGACGUGAAUGGAUGAAAAGGGAGAUGUCACUCUACAAAAAUGUGGAGUGCGAUUUAAACCGCCAACUCUCGUCAUUGUGUAUGCACAUAAUGACACAGGUAAGCUACGCAAACGAUCUAUGCCAGUACGUUUGCUGAAACAAGAGUCGAAGGUUUCGCAAGUUGCGGAGGAACUUUGUCAACAUCCCAAACAUGGAAUGUACUUGAAGAAAAUACCUCUGUGGCAGUUGGAAAAGAUGCUGUGCCUUAUGCAGAAUAAGUUGAAAGGUUUAAGCCUUGAUGAAAGCCUUGAAGCGACAACUCAAGAAUAUUCAAUAAAUGCAAAUGAGGAUUUGAAUAAACUGGAUGAUGAAGCACUUGAAAAGAAAAAAACUGUCAUGAGUGAGAGUUUUGAAAAGAACAGGAAAAAGCCGGGUGACUUGGACUAUGUCUAUGACAUAGAGGUGGAUUUCAACUCUGUAAAUGCUUCUGGUCAGAGUGAGUGGGACAGUGAUUGACAUUGCUAACAAGACGAAGAUUAUGUUCUUUGAGAUGUUUUAUAUAAUGAUGAAAAAGUUUAAGUAGCAUUGUGAACUAAGAGCCAGCCGACUUGUAAUGUAUUUGUUGUUGACGGCUGAUGAAGUGGUGAAAUGUUAUUAAAUUAGGUAUGUAUUGCCCCACUUCCACACCCACUGUUAAAAUUAUUUUAGGUUAGUGAAGCCAGUUUUUUAUAUAUUGCAUAUGUUUCCCUGGUGGACGUCUUACAUGGACAUAAUUACCAGCACUUUGAGCAUUUCCCAGAAGAUUGUGCAGUCUUGGCAUUAGAAUUCCAGACUAUUAAAUGUGACAAAUUUAGACCACCCAAAAAUUCACUAGCAAUGCCACGAUAAGGUACAAUUAGUACAUUGUAUGACUAAGUAAGAACAACAGAAUGUGAGAUGGAUCCAUAUUUCUAUUGUUCUGUGAAUAUUCCGAAAGUUAUGUUCAUAUUAUAUGGUACAUGUAAAAGUAGGUUAUAAAAUAACACAUAUUCCACACCACUGCAUGGUACACACUACAAAAAAAUACUUAUAGAUUUGCUGCGAAAUGCUAUGGAACUUUUAUUCACAUCGACUCGUUAUGUGUUCGAAGAUAUGCUCACCUAAUCAGUAUUAAUGGCUCGUAAGCACUGAUGCUCGUAUAGUUAAUUAAGGCAGUCGUCACCAAAUUGAAUAUCUGUAUUAUGUUUAUAGUAGUUUCUAUCGAAUCUAGAAAUUCUUUCUAUUCAAAGUAAUGCACACAUUUGCACGGCUUUCUCUGCCAAAAAUUACGGGUAAGCAACUAACGUGCUCGAAAAUCCUAGAGUGUAGAUUGUGUAGUGCCAACACCGUUGUCUGGACUCCAUCAUUGCUGUAGACAUUCAAUGCUUAUAUGAUCUAUAACCAUUUCAGGAGAUGUUGAGGAUUGGAAAUAUUCACAGGCGAUGUUUUGUUGAUUUUGGAAGAGGGGUGUAUUUAGCAAUGUAUUCACACAUGAGAUGUUGUGGCGGUUGGUUUUGGGGGUGACACCGGAAACUGAAGCCUUUUUUAAUGCUGUGAAUUGUUUUAGAUUGCGCAUGUUUUACACCCAAAGAAUUCGUGUUUUGCAUGUAAAUGCGUUUAUACGUGUAACUUUGUUUGCGUUCGGGUGAUUCAUGAUAUUUAUGGCUACAACAUUUAAUUAUCUUCUAACAUGCUGAGUAGAUGCAUGAGUAUAGUUCCCCUGUUUAAUAAAAUUGUAAAAAGCAAGGUCAGAAAAAGAAUUUAAUAGCUAAUUAUAUAAAUUACAAAAAAUA